GUAAAAAACAAAACAUGUCCUUCUCGAAAGCUAAACUAAAACGUUUUAACGAUGUUGAUAUAGUAUGUGGUUCGCCUGCAGCCGCUAAGCUCGUGCAGUCCAGUACAGCCGACUUAAUGAAUGCCGUUGGUACACCAACACCGACUAUAAAUUCAACAUCGUCAACUUCAUCCGCUCAUCCAGAACGCAAGGAACAAAUCGAAAAAUUUUUUAAAGAUGCAGUACGUUUCGCCUCCAGCAGUAAAGAAUCGAAAGAGUUUGCCGUGCCAAAAGAUGGCGCUGUUAAAGAAGACAAAAAGUCAAAGGGAUUACGUUUGUUUCGAACACCAUCCUUGCCGCAUCGUUUACGUUUUCGGCACAAUUCCGAUGCUACUGCAGCAAGUAAUAAUAAUAAUAAUAAUGGUAGUGGCAGUGGCAGUAUUGCUUCUGCCUCCAGUUCCACACAUUUGCAUUCUGCUACCACAACCCCAAUCAAAGAAUUGUCGAAAUCUGCUAGUCGUCUUAAAGGUAAAGAAGCAUUGCAACAUGAAAUACGCAAAAAGAAUGAAAUAAUUGAAAGCUACAUGAGUCAGAUAGAUGUGUUAAAACGUCAUGUAGAGCAGCUCAAAGAAACCGAGCUUAAAUUGCGUGAAGAGAAUUCAAAUGCCAAACUGAAAACUGAGCAACUGGUAUUGGCACUGACCGCUGAAAAUUCUGAGCACAAAGAACUAAACGAUAAACUUAGCGCUGAAAAUGCUGAAGCAUAUACACAAUGUUCCAAGUUGGAGGUUGAACUGAAACAGCUUAACGAAAGACAUGCUGCAGAAAUUGAAGCUCUUAAUGCUGUUUCAGCUAAACUGAAAGAUGAAAAUAAUAGAUUAGAACAAGAUGCGCGACAAAGAAGCGCUGAAAAUGCCACCAAAAUGGAAAAAAUUGAGGAGCUCAAUAAAGAAAUUAAAAGCGCUCAUGAGAAGAUUGCUUCUGAUAUUGAGAAAUCUAAGCAAAAUUUUGAACUAAUACAGAAUUUAAAGAAUACGAACGAUGCGCUAAUAAAAGACGUCACCGAGCUCAAAUCCAGAAUAGAGCAAGAUGCACUCGCGUAUGCGCAAGAAACUAGGGCUGUUCAAAAUCAAAUGGAUUGCCUUAAAAAUGAACGUAAUACUUUGAAAAAUGAUUUAGCCAGCAAGUGUGAAUUUAUACGUUCACUACAGGAUGAACUACUUGAUAAGAAUUGCGAAAUAGAUGCUCAUUGUGACACUAUUCGACAACUAUGUCGCGAGAACGCUAAGUAUGUGGAGAAGGAACGCUUUAUGGAAACAGCUGAAGAAAAAGUGCGUUUGGCUGAAGUGCAAGCAGAACAGAAGGUUCAAAAAUUAGAAUCUGAUCUAGAAAACGCCAUUGAAACAGAAAAAGCUUAUUGGCGAUCCGAACUCCAGAAACGUCAAAAAUUAGCAGAAAAUGAAAUUAUACGUAUCGAGCUGGAAAAACAGGAUGUGAUUAUGCUACUUGAAACUACCAAUGACAUGUUGAGAGAACGUGAUGAAAAGAUACAAAAAUAUGAGGAGCAGUUGCGCAACGGUAUUGAUUACUACAUACAAUUAAAUGAAACAUUGCAAAAACAAAUAGCUGACCUAAAGCAAGACAUUGCAAAAACCCUUACUGAAAAGUAUAACUAUCAGUUAACUUUAAGUAAUACUAGAUCAACAGUUAAUAUACUUAUGGAGCGAUUGAAGAAGUCCGAUUCUGAUGUUGAACAAUUUAAAGCGGAGUUGGAGUCUGUACAGUUGGCUAAGGGUGCACUAGAACAAAGUUAUCUUUCACUACAGACAGAGCUGGAGUCAAUGAGGCACAAGUUUAGUAAAUCAGAAGAGGCAUUAGAGGGAUUACGUGACUCAUCACAGACGCUGCAAAAAGAGGAGCGCAUCGAUGCGGAUGCUGCAAAUUACCUGGACUUGUACAAUGAAUUGAAAAAUAAGGACGAAAUGCGAGAAAUCUAUAUGCAAGAUAUGAAGAAGGCUUUAGAUGAAUUUGCAACUGUAUUACAAUUUGCCAAAUUGGAACUUGAUAGCAAAGAGAAAAUACUAAUCAAGGUACGUGACGAAUGUGAAAAACUCAAAUUGGAGAAUAUAUCGUUAAAAUCAAAAAUUGACGAUACAGCCAAUAAAAAGGAGAAUAUCACUGAUUUGGAGAAAAUUGAAGAUUUACUUAUUGAUUCUGAAUUGCGUGCGGAAUGUGAAAAAAUUACUUCAUGGCUUUUAAACACAUCGGAAAAGUGUGUGCGCCAUGAGAGUUCAACGGAAAUUUCUGAAUUACUUAAACCAACGACGCCAAAUAAUAAAACACGUAAUUGUACCACACCGGUACGUUCAUCGGCUGGUAAAGUGAACAAUACGACACCACGUACACCAAAGACACCACAUACGCCUCGAACCACACCAAAGAAAACGGUACUAUUUGCAGGUAAAGAGAAUGUACCAAGUCCACAAAAGCAGGUACUAAAAGCACGUAAUAUGUAACUAAGGAUGCAAAUAAGCUCUUGCUAACUAAUCAAGAGGGUGAUCUAUGUAGGCUUAUUUGUUACAUGCUUGUGGUUA